CGGGGCAGUGACAGCCGCUGUCAUCGGGCCCAGCCGCCUCGCGUGGCAACCGUUUCCUGUUCUUUUACGAGAAAUCGUCGUCGACGCACGUCGUGUUCGCGGUUGUUCAGUGAGUGAGCUGCCAAAGUUCGAGUUCCAACCAUGGUCCGUAUCAGCGUGCUGGCCGAUGCCCUCAAGUGCAUCAACAACGCGGAGAAGCGCGGCAAGCGCCAGGUCCUCAUCCGGCCGAACUCGAAGGUCGUGAUCAAGUUCCUGACCGUCAUGAUGAAGCACGGCUACAUCGGCGAGUUCGAGAUCGUGGACGAUCAUCGCAGCGGCAAGGUUGUGGUCAAUCUGACCGGUCGCCUGAACAAGGCCGGCAUCAUCUCGCCCCGGUUCGACGUCGCCCUCAACGAUAUCGAGCGGUGGACCAACAACCUGCUGCCCUCCCGUCAGUUUGGCUACGUCGUCCUGACUACCAGCGGUGGCAUCAUGGAUCACGAGGAGGCCAGGAGGAAGCAUCUGGGAGGAAAGAUUCUGGGCUACUUCUUCUAGAGUACACCAGCAACAGCAACUCCCCCUACCCAGAAACAGCGCUUCAUCUGCAAAAAAAAGAACACAUACACACACACACACACAACAGAGACAGAGACAUGAGAAACUGUGCGGUGGGUGGAGCGAGCUUGCGUGCGCGUGCCUAAAACCCGCUGGCUUCCACUUUACACUCCGGGUGUCGAGGAACUUAUUUUAAGAAGUGCAAAAGUGGCUGAACGGCGCGCUGUGACUACUGGCGUUGCGCGUCAACAGCGGUGAGAAAGGUGGAGCGUUUGUUAACACAAAAGCUGGCAAAUAUAGAGAAAAGCGCAUGUACCUACCACAA